AUGACUGAAACUAUAGCAGACAUGGGCCUUCCCCAUAAAGAUGAUGAGGAGCUUGAACUUGAAAAGCUUGUAUUUGGGGAUAUUGAAGGAUUCCAGACGAAUUUGAAAAAGUUGGAUAAUUUAUUUGAAUACUCUUCUGAUGAUGAGGAUGACACUGGUGACAAUUUUUACGAUGUGAAUAGUGAUAUUGAAGAAAACGACAAUGAAGGGGCUUUACUGAACAAUGAAAUGUUUUUUAUUGAUGAAAGCGGUGUAGAUAAAGUUAAUGAAGAUGAUAACAUGGAAGUUGACAGAAAAGAAGGAAGCUCUGACGAAGAUGGAGACGAUUCUGAAUCCGACGCAGUUUGGGAAGAUAGCGAUGAUGAAAGAAUCCAGAUAUCAUUAAUGGGCUCUUCAAAGGUUAAAAAACUCAGAAGCUAUGAGGAAGAGACAUCUAUAAAUGGUAAAUCAUUUCUUAGGAGAUUGAGAUCACAGUUCGAGAAGAUAUAUCCAAAACCUGAAUGGGUAGAAAAGUUAGAGAUGGAUCCGGAAAUACAUCUGUCUGAUGAGUAUUACGAUGGCGAUGAAAAUGACGAGAAUAGACAUAGACCCGGAGAGAACGACUCGAAUGCCGUGCUAAGAAUCUUGUCAAGUACUCAAAAGUUCAUUAUUAACAAGCAAUUAAAAUUAAUUUCUCCCAACAAAAUAUCAAUUUCCAGGCUUAAAGAUGUCAGUCAUCAAAAUAAUUCAAAAGCUGCAAUUCAGUCAAUGUCCUUCCAUCGUAGUCAUCCUUUAUUAAUUACUGGCGGUUUUGACAGAACAGUGAGGGUUUUUCAUAUUGAUGGAAAGGUUAAUAGCAUGGUCACAAGUCUUCAUUUCCGAAAUUCACCGAUUUCGACUUGUCAAUUUUCAAGUAUAGGCACUGAGGAUAACCAGAAUGUAAUAUUUGCAGCUGGAAGAAGACGGUACAUGAACAAGUGGGAUUUGAAUAGUGGUCAAGUCGAAAAAAUUUCGAGACUCUACGGCCAUGAAAAAUUUCAAAAAUCUUUUGAAUAUUUCAAAAUUUCUCCAAAGGGGACCUUUAUUGGACUUACAGGAAGUAGUGGAUGGUGUAACAUCCUUAGUGGUCUUACGGGCCAGUGGGUGAACGGAUUUAAAAUAGAAGGAACUAUUGUAGAUUUUGAGUUCUCAAAGGAUGAGUCCUUCUUGAUAGUGAUAAACUCUGCAGGUGAUGUUUGGGAAUACAAUUUAGCAAGCACUUUUAAUAGUAAGAAUAUGCAAAGCAAAAUCAUCAGAAGAUGGCAAGACGAUGGAAGCGUUGGAGUUACGAAAAUGAAAUUGGGAGGACAAAGAGAUCGUUGGCUAGCCAUAGGCACUAACAAUGGUUUCGUGAAUUUGUACGAUCGUAAUACAUUCUCUAAUGGAAACCCAAAGCCCUUUAAAGUAAUAGAGAAUUUGACAACAUCUGUUUCAAAUUUAUCUUUUUCUCCAGAUGGUCAAAUUUUGUGUAUUUCUUCGAGAGCGAAGAGAGAUGCUUUGAGAUUAGUUCAUUUACCGACUGGAUCUGUUUAUGCAAACUGGCCAACUAGUGGAACUCCAUUAGGUAGAGUUACUGCUGUUGAUUUUUCACCAAACAAUGAAAUUCUCGCUAUCGGAAAUGAAGCAGGAAAAGUAACCUUGUGGAGAUUAAAUCAUUUUUAG